UGUCAUCAUGGCCACCCUCAGGGCUUCGGGGUCGCUGUGGCUUCUUCUGGCGGCUUCUCGGAAUGCAGAGCAGGUACGUUUCCGGGCCCGAACUCCGCUGCGGUCCAGCGCCCUGCUCCAGCCGCUGCUGGGGCCCUGCGUGGCGGGAGGGCCACGCCGUCUGCUCGGCUCCGAAACGGAGUUUGGUAACUCAGAGGUCAAGAAACCUUCAUUUAUGGAUGAAGAAGUUCAAAAUUUACUCAUCAAGAUGACAGGCUUGAAUUUGGAGAAGAUUUUUAAGCCAACUAUACAACAACUGAAGCCACCAACAUAUAAGUUAAUGACACAGGCACAGUUGGAAGAGGCUACAAGACAGGCAGUUGAGGCAGCUAAAGUACAAUUAAAGAUGCCACCUGUUCUGGCUGAGCGAACUCCCAUCAAUGACGUGUUAGCAGAAGAUAAGAUUUUGGAAGGAACAGAGGAAAAUAAGUACGUGUUUACUGAUAUCACAUACAGCCUGCCACACCGGGAACGUUUCAUCGUUGUCAGAGAGCCAAGUGGCACACUCCGCAAAGCCACCUGGGAAGAACGGGACCGGAUGAUACAAAUCUAUUUCCCAAAAAAAGGUCGUAGAGUUUUAACACCAGUAAUUUUCAGGGAAGAAAAUAUCAAGAACAUGUACAGCCAGGACCGGCAUGCUGAUGUUCUCCACCUCUGUGUUGCCCAGUUUGAGCCAGAUUCUACUGAAUACAUUAAAUUUCAUCAUCAGACCUAUGAAGAUAUUGAUAAACAUGGAAAGUAUGACCUGUUGCGUUCAACAAGACACUUCGGUGGUAUGGUGUGGUAUCUUGUAAAUAAGAAAAGGAUCGAUGGUUUACUGAUUGACCAGAUUCAGAGAGAUUUAAUCGAUGAUGCCACCAGCUUGGUGCAGCUGUACCACAUCCUCUACCCGGAUGGCCAGUCAGCCCAGGAAACUAAGGCACAGGCUGCUGAGGGAUUGCACCUAAUUAAGGUCUUUGCAAAAACAGAAGCACAGAAGGGACCAUAUAUAGAAUUAACACUGCAAACUUAUCAAGAGGCGCUCAUUAGCCAUUCUGCAGCUUCCUAAAAAAUAUUUUUAAAAUAAAUUUCAUUUUACUAAA